AUGGGGGAGAGUGGCCAUGGGGGAGAGUGGCCAUGGGGGAGAGUGGCCAUGGGGGAAAGUGGCCAUGGGGGAGAGUGGCCAUGGGUGAGAGUGGCCAUGGGGGAAAGUGGCCAUGGGGGAGAGUGGCCAUCGGGGAGAGUGGCCAUGGGGGGAGUGGCCAUGGGGGAGAGUGGCCAUGGGGGAAAGUGGCAAUGGGGGGAGUGGCCAUGGGGGAGAGUUGCCAUGGGGCGGAUGGCCAUGGGGAGAUUGGCCAUUAGGCGGGUGGCCAUGGGGGAGAGUGGCCAUGGGGGAGUGGCCAUGGGGCGGGUGGCCAUGGGGAGAUUGGCCAUUAGGCGGGUGGCCAUGGGGGAGAGUGGCCAUGGGGCGGGUGGCCAUGGGGAGAUUGGCCAUUAG